GCUCAGGUGCCAAUCUUAAACAAACAAAACCCAACAACUCAGAUCACUUUCCCCAUGUACAGAAAAUAUUUCUCCAAUUGAAUAUGGUGCUUUUGGCUCUGAUCUGAUGGUGACCAGUUCUUGGUAUGUUGGGAAAGCUUUUUGCUUGUCUCUUGUAGCCUAAUUUAGCAUUCUUCCCUUUCUCUCUCCCUCCCUUUCUCCUUCUUUUUCUUCCCCCAUCCUUCCCUUCCUUCCCAUAAUACAUCCUUCACCAAACUCAAAAUGUUUUCUGAGACUGGGGGCAGUUUCUGUAAUUCUACAUACAUAGAUUUUGAAACUUGGCUGCCCUCUCUCUCCAUUUCUUGCAAGAGUAUAGGGUGUUAGUAGUUUCUCAGAGCUAAUCUGCAUCAUCUUGCAUAUUUCCAUUUCAGUGAGACAGCAAUGAUGGACAAGGCUCAGGAAAGAAGAGCUAACAUAGUACCAGUUGGCCUUUGCCAGAGUUUGAUCCAAGCCAAAUUCGACUGAUUGUUUAUCAAGACUGUGAAAGACGAGGGAGAAAUGUCUUGUUUGACUCCAGUGUUAAGAGAAAAAAUGAGGACAUAUCAGUAUCGAAACUUUGUAGUGAUGCUCAAGUUAAAGUCUUUGGGAAAUGCUGCCAACUGAAACCUGGAGGAGACAGUUCUUCCUCUUUGGAUAGUUCUAUGACUUCAUCUUCUGAUGUAAAAGACCAGUGUCCUAAGUACCAGGGUUCCCGGUGCUCUUCUGAUGCCAAUAUGCUUGGAGAGAUGAUGUUUGGCUCAGUAGCAAUGAGCUACAAAGGAUCCACCUUAAAAAUUCAUCAGAUCCGUUCCCCUCCACAGCUUAUGCUCAGCAAAGUUUUUACUGCACGGACUGGCAGCAGUAUCUGUGGAAGUCUCAAUACGCUACAAGACAGUCUUGAAUUCAUCAAUCAGGACAACAGUACAUUAAAGGCUGAUAAUAACACAGUUAUUAAUGGACUACUUGGAAAUAUAGGUCUUUCACAGUUCUGCAGCCCCAGGCGGGCAUUCUCUGAACAGGGUCCGCUCCGCCUGAUCAGGAGCGCCUCUUUCUUUGCAGUUCACAGUAACCCAAUGGACAUGCCUGGAAGAGAGCUGAAUGAGGACAGAGACAGUGGCAUAGCACGCUCUGCAUCUCUCAGCAGCUUGCUUAUUACACCGUUUCCCUCACCAAACUCCUCACUUACCCGAAGUUGUGCUAGCAGCUACCAGCGACGCUGGCGACGCAGCCAAACAACAAGUUUAGAGAAUGGGGUAUUUCCUAGAUGGUCUGUAGAAGAAAGCUUUAAUCUGUCAGAUGAAAACUGUGGCCCUAACCCAGGAAUUGUGAGGAAAAAGAAGAUUGCAAUUGGGGUAAUCUUUUCAUUGUCCAAAGAUGAAGAUGAAAAUAACAAAUUUAAUGAAUUCUUUUUUUCACAUUUUCCUCUAUUUGAAAGCCACAUGAACAAAUUAAAGAGUGCAAUAGAACAGGCUAUGAAAAUGAGUCGGAGAUCAGCUGAUGCCAGUCAGAGGAGUUUGGCAUAUAAUCGAAUAGUUGAUGCUUUAAAUGAAUUCAGAACAACGAUUUGUAAUCUUUAUACAAUGCCACGAAUUGGAGAGCCUGUCUGGCUUACAAUGAUGUCGGGGACUCCAGAGAAGAAUCAACUUUGCCAUCGUUUCAUGAAGGAGUUCACUUUUCUAAUGGAGAAUGCUUCCAAAAAUCAAUUCUUGCCAGCACUCAUUACUGCAGUUCUGACCAAUCAUCUUGCCUGGGUUCCAACAGUCAUGCCAAAUGGACAACCACCGAUAAAAAUAUUUUUAGAAAAACAUUCCUCUCAGAGUGUGGACAUGUUGGCAAAGACUCAUCCAUAUAACCCACUUUGGGCGCAACUGGGCGACUUGUAUGGCGCUAUUGGCUCUCCUGUACGAUUAGCAAGGACUGUGGUAGUUGGCAAACGACAAGACAUGGUCCAGAGGCUGCUUUAUUUUCUUACUUAUUUCAUAAGAUGCUCUGAACUUCAGGAAACCCAUCUUUUAGAAAACGGAGAAGAUGAAGCCAUUGUUAUGCCAGGCACAGUAAUUACUACCACGUUAGAGAAAGGUGAAAUAGAAGAAUCUGAGUAUGUGCUUAUCACAAUGCAUAGAAACAAAAGCAGUUUACUCUUUAAAGAAUCAGAAGAAACAAGGACUCCUAACUGUAACUGUAAAUAUUGUAGUCGUCCACUCCUUGGGCAAAAUGUAGAGAAUGUUUCACGACAAGAGAGAGAAGAUAUUCAAAAUAGCUCUAAGGAGCUGCUAGGAAUUUCAGAUGAGUGCCGAAUGAUUUCUCCUUCUGACUGCCAAGAAGAAAAUGCUGUUGAUGUUAAACAGUAUAGAGAUAAAUUAAGAACUUGCCUUGAUACUAAGUUAGAGACAGUUGUUUGCACAGGAUCUGCUCCUGUAGACAAAUGUGCAUUGUCUGAGUCAGGCUUAGAGCCAGCAGAGGAAACAUGGCAGAGUGAGGAAUUGCUGGAUUCAGGUAAUCACACAGGCAAAGUGUUGAGAUCUACAGGAAUGGUUGUGGAAAAAAAACCUCCAGAUAAGCUUGUAACUGCUGCCUUUUCUUGUGAAGGAACCCAGACAAAGGUUACUUUCUUGAUAGGGGAUUCUAUGUCACCUGAUUCAGAUACUGAAGUCCGGAGUCAGGCAGUAGUGGAUCAGAUUACCAGGCAUCACACCAAGCCACUGAAGGAAGAAACAGGGGCUAUUGAUCAGCAUCAAGAAAGUAAACAAACAAGUAAAGACCAUUCUGGAGAGUCUGAUAUACUGAACAUGGUUUCUGGAGAGCCCUGUGAACUUCCCUGUUGGAAUCAUUCAGACCCAGAAAGCAUGAGCUUAUUUGAUGAAUAUUUUAAUGAUGAUUCAAUUGAAACCAGGACUAUUGAUGAUAUUCCAGUUAAAACAAGUACAGACAGUAAAGAACACUGCUGUAUGUUAGAGUUUUCAAAGAGAUUGUGUACAAAAAAUAGCAAACAGAACAAUGAAUUUUGUAAAUGUAUAGAAACAGUUCACCAAGAUUCAUGUAAAACCUGCUUUCCUCAGCAAGACCAAAGAGAUUCACUUUCCAUUCUUGUCCCCCAUGGGGAUAAAGAGGGUUCAGAGAAAAAAAUUGCUGUAGGAACUGAAUGGGACAUUCCAAGAAAUGAAAGUUCAGAUAGUGCCCUUGGGGAUAGUGAAAGUGAAGAUACAGGGCAUGAUAUGACUAGACAAGUAAGCAGUUAUUAUGGAGGAGAACAAGAAGAUUGGGCAGAAGAGGAUGAGAUACCUUUUCCUGGGUCAAAGUUAAUUGAAGUGAGUGCUGUUCAGCCCAACAUCGCCAACUUUGGGAGGUCCCUGUUGGGUGGCUACUGCUCGUCUUAUGUGCCUGACUUUGUUCUUCAAGGAAUUGGGAGUGACGAGAGGCUCCGUCAGUGUCUGGUGUCAGAUUUAUCUCACGCUGUACAGCAUCCAGUGUUGGAUGAACCAAUAGCAGAAGCUGUAUGUAUUAUAGCAGAUAUGGAUAAAUGGACUGUUCAAGUGGCCAGUAGCCAGAGACGAAUGACAGAUAACAAAUUGGGAAAGGAAGUAUUGGUUUCCAGUCUUGUUUCCAACUUGCUUCAUUCCACUCUUCAGCUUUAUAAACAUAACUUGUCUCCAAAUUUUUGUGUGAUGCAUCUUGAAGACCGGUUACAGGAGCUGUACUUCAAGAGCAAAAUGCUGUCUGAGUACCUGAGGGGGCAGAUGCGUGUUCAUGUCAAGGAGCUGGGAGUGGUUCUAGGGAUUGAAUCCAGUGAUCUUCCUCUUCUGGCUGCUGUAGCAAGCACUCACUCUCCAUAUGUUGCUCAGAUACUCCUUUAAGCUAAAGGUUGUUAGAAAUUAACUUCGGUGGAAAGUUAAGUAGAAACCAAGGAAGCAGACACAACAUUCAUUUAUGACAGUUUUUUUCCCUGUUAGACUUCCAUCUGAAUGAGUCAGUCACCUGAGUAUACUGCAUUGCAGUGCAUAUUAUAUGAUCAGUGGAUGACUUUUUCCUUUGGACUGGACUUUUGGGUGGUGGUAGAUUUUUAACCAAGUGAAACUAAAACAGCAUAAAUAAUUCAGUGGGGGAAAGCAUUUGAAAAGGCCAAAGUAUAACUUACAAACUUCUACAAAAUGAAUAACAUUGAAGAAUUUCAUAUGAUCUGUAUGAUGUUGCCACAACCCAUAAGUAGCAACAGAUGUCUCAAGAAAUAGUCAUUUCAUUAGUUUUAAUCCUUUAUUUCUAAGGUACAGAGAUCUAUAAAACCUCAAUUAUUUGUUGUUUUGUUUUUCAAUUCAAAAUAGCUAAUUUCUGGGUAUUUCUCAAAGUAUUUUAAAUAGCCUGUUAAUUAUAAUAAACUCAGAAUAAUAAGUAUAAAUGUAUGUUAUGUUAUCCACCCAAGUGUACAUAUGUAUCUAUUUUUUUUAAAAAAGCAGAGGUAGGAAUACAAGAUUGGUAAACAUGCCUUUUAAAAAAAUAUUUUCAACUAGUAUUAAUUGUAUAUAAUGUUGAAAUGUUACUUUCUGGUGAUUUUUCUGCUUCACACACCCUAAAAUAGAAGUAAAGCCAAUCUUUUUUAAGGCUGAGGAAUGUGGAUUCCCAAAAUAAGAAUACUACUUUAUACCAUUUGUUUGUUUAUAAAUAUAAGCUAAUUCUUAUAAAUGUUAAUAUUUACUUAUUUGCAUCUAAUUUAAUAAAUGAAAAUUAGGAUUAAAAAUUACACCAAAGCAUUGGCAAAAAUAAUACUAUUUUCUUCAAACAUGCUCAGGUAGCUGAGGCCCUUGCUUUCGGUAUCAGCCCUUCUUGACCCAUAGGAACUGAAUAUUUGUUUCACUGCUUCAUAAUAUUCAAUGUACACUAAUAGAACUCAUUAACUCUUAAAAUUAUUCUCUUUUCUCUAAUAGUCCCUCCUUUCCAAAAGCUAAUUUUUUUCAAAGAUUUCCACUUUUCAGUUAUUAUUGUUUUUGUAUAUACUGUAGAGUGUUGCUUGUGAGAGGCUAAUAUGGAACCAAACUCUUGUAAGUAAUGUAAAUAGAAAGACCGGGUAGAUGAAGUUUUCAACAUACUCUACUACCUCAGUUUACUUGAAUACUACAUUAUAGUUUGUUCUUUACUUUUCUGAUCUAAAAUACUUUUAAUGCUAGAAGUGAAGUUGGUUUCUGCUUUCAUGGACUGUUUGCAUCAUAAUUAAUUGAUCAGCUUUUAAAAAAGAAAAUCACUUGCUUAUUCUGUUACUAAAUACAUUUAUUGUAUGAUACAUCUAUUCUUGCUGUUUAAACUUUUAGUAAUUAGGGAAGAUUUCUGUGGUUUGUUUAGUCUUUGACCUUGAAUUUAUGGCAUUGGGUCACAUUUUACCUUGCUCUUUAUGUAGUCAAGAAAUCUCCAACUAGACAAAGAAGAAAUGGUUGUUUUACUGGAAUGUCAACCUGAAAUUGGUGUGCCUGCAAUCAGUUUGGCCCCCGUGUUCUGUCAGCUGGUCCCAGUUAGUACAUGAGUCUCCUGUGGAUGACUUGCUGCCAAAGACUGUUUAUGGAUAUAUUUUCUUUGGCUUAAUUUUCUUAUUCCAUUCAUUAACAGAAUUCUUCUCUCUUUUAUUAUUGUUUGGAAUUCUGUGAAUCAAUGUCUUUGGCAAAAUUCAGAAUAUAGAAAAGUUCAUAUGUAGGCCAGUGUACAUUAUUUUUCGAUUGUAGUUUAGAAUGAUAUGUAGCAGGUAGGUAAUGUCUGUUUUUGCGUGUUUUCUCUUUUGAAUUAUCAAACUCUUCACAGUCCUAUCUAUUUGAAAUCUCUAAUAAAUUAUCAUUUAGGAAAUCUACAAUAAAUUGAGGCUCAUGCUACUGUUAUUCUUAAAAUUAAGCUUUGCUCCGAAGGAAAAGGCCUAUAGUUUCUUAUAGAAUCCUUAAUCCUUAUAGGAUUACUGAGUUUUUUAAUUCCCAAACUUCUGUAAUUUCUACUGCGUUCAUCAUAGUUAUUCUUUCCUUACACAAAGCCCAAGGAAUGAGCUGCUGCUGCUUUAAAGUGUGGUCAUUAUGAUGAAUGUGAAAAGAGUUUCUGGCCUGUUCGAAAUAAUGUUCUUCAACUUUUUAUGGUACAGACACAUAUGUGUUACAAAUGAAAAACACCUGUUUGUUGCAACAGGAAAUGAAAAAGGGAUGUUUUACAUUGUAGAUUUAAAACUAAUUUUUCCUUGUAUAUAAACUAAUUGGUUUGAUUUAAAAUAGUCCUGGCUUUUAUUAAUAUGUCUUAAUUUUGAGUUUGAAAAUGUUAAGUGCAAUAAACAUACUAGCACAGAUUUCAUUAUGUUGCAUUUGGCGUACACUGGGGAUGAUCACUUUAAAAACGACAGAUUUUACACAUUGCCUACUUCUGGUAGAUGUCUUUAUGAGAUUGUUCUGCUUUCUCUAAGUUAUUAGAUGGUGGGAUAUGUAAAAUGUACAUACUUGUUCCUGUCUGUAUACAUUUCUCAAAUGUACACCUGUAUUAUAAUAACCUCCCAAUUCUAGGGGAAAUUUGUGCAAUAAAUACACAUGUCAAUUUGAUGGA